CUCGUUGGCUGCGGAGGCUUGAAAGCGAAAGCAGGCACAGGAGCCCUGUUCCUCUGGAGCCUAACACUGGGCAUGACUCGGUGUGUUUCUAACCAAGGGAUGUGUUGGCUUUUGUCACCUCUGCAGCCAUGACGGGACCAAGGCCAGUCGUUCUGAGCGGCCCAUCGGGGGCAGGGAAAAGCACGCUGUUAAAAAUGCUGCUUAAAGACUACGGCAAUGUCUUUGGCUUCAGUGUCUCUCAUACCACAAGGCAGCCAAGAGUUGGCGAAGUGAAUGGCAAAGAGUACCACUUUGUGACCCGAGAUCAAAUGCAGCAAGAAAUUGACGCUGGGCAGUUCAUUGAGCAUGCGGAGUUCUCUGGAAACAUGUAUGGCACAAGUAAAGCUGCAGUCCAGGCCGUGCAGGCACGGAACCAGAUCUGCAUCCUAGAUAUCGACUUGCAGGGCGUCAAGAACAUUAAGAAAACGGACCUGAACCCAAUCUACAUCUCUGUCCAAGUUCCCUCCAUAGAAGUCUUGGAGAAGAGGCUGCGUGACAGACAGACGGAGUCUGAGGAGAGCCUACUGAAGCGGCUGAACGCAGCUCGCAUCGACAUGGAGCUGAGUAACGAGCCUGGCCUUUUCGACCUGAUCAUCAUCAAUAAUGAUCUAGAAAAAGCCUAUUCUGAACUGAAGGAGAUUCUUGCAGAGGAAAUCCAGAAGAUCCAAGAAUCCAAGAAGUCCUGAGUUCAUUCUGCUUGGCCUGCACGGCGUUCUGUCCCGAGAAAGACAUUCCCUUUAGUCGGCUCCCUCCCGAAUGACUGGAGCCAUUUAUAGUAAAAACAAAACAAAAGCAAA